UUAUAUCCAGGUCAACGUGGUGCUAUUUGGAUAUCUGUAUUGCAGCACUGAAAGACAACGUUUGUGUUUACAAACCGGAGGGAACUUUCUACAUCGAAUAUGUCCGGAAGAGGAAAAACUGGAGCAAAGGCCCGCGCUAAGGCAAAGACCCGCAGCUCACGUGCUGGUCUGCAAUUCCCCGUGGGCCGUGUUCACCGUCUACUCCGUAAGGGAAACUACGCCGAGAGAGUAGGUGCCGGAGCCCCGGUUUACCUGGCCGCCGUGCUCGAGUACCUUACCGCUGAGAUCCUGGAGUUGGCCGGGAACGCCGCCAGGGACAACAAGAAGACCCGCAUCAUCCCACGCCAUCUUCAGCUGGCCGUUCGCAACGACGAGGAGCUGAACAAGCUGCUUGGCGGCGUGACCAUCGCCCAGGGCGGCGUCCUGCCAAACAUCCAGGCCGUCCUGCUGCCGAAGAAGACCGGCCAGGCUACACCAAGUUCCGGAAAGGCGGGAAAGAAGUCUUCGCAGUCUCAAGAAUAUUAGCUUCUAAGCUAUCGCCGCUAAAAACCAAAGGCCCUUUUAAGGGCCACUCACUCACUGAAAGAGCACCUUUCCCCUCAUGAUGUACAUAUGACCGAUGACUGACUUUACUGUAUAAACUACCGUAACAUGUACUUAGUAAAACGUUACAUUCAGGGCUUUUCAUUAAACUGAAAAUUUGAUUGUUCA